AUCAGGAUGGGCUCCUCUCGUUCCACGGUUCUUACUAUGGAAUCUAACUCAUUCCAGUCAUUCGAACGUAUACGAAGUCUAUCAUUCAGCGCCGAUUUAAGUGCCGUUAGAGCAACUGAUCGUGACUACGGCUUACUGCACAACUGUAGGCCAGUGACACCACAUCCAGGCCAGAAGGAACCCAUAUGUCUAAAGACACUCCGGAGGCGUCUAACGGAUGCCCAAGAAGAGAGCGAAUGGCUAUUACAAAACCCAGAAGAUUCUCAAAUUGUGAUAAGCAAGCUAAGCAAAUUAAGAGGCAAAGCAAGUUCGAAGAAGAUUUCAGCUGCGAACUCCCAACACGUCAUUAAUCGCCGGAAAGGCCGCAACUUAUUCUCGGAGACACCUGAAGCAACCGAGGCACCUGAGCAGCCAGUUGAAGCCGCCAACUUUUCCUUGCCGGCCUACAUGCAACAGCGAAAAGUUGGGAAAAAAGUGGUCAUAAUCUGUCCCCGGUUAGAUGUACUCAGAUCAAGGGAUAAUCAAGGAACGAGCUUCAAAGAGCGCAGGCGAUUAUUUAAUAUGGCCGAAUUCACAAUAGCCAAGAAUGGUAAGAAAAUGUGCGAUAUUCUAAUGACCAAUGUAGUUUCGGUGACUGCUAUCGAAUCGACGCACCGUAUUUUCAAGAGGUGCUAUGAUGAGAUUGAGAAAUACAUCCAAGAUGCAGGACUAUCAAAGACCCCUCGUAAUAUUGUGACCGACGUAAAGGACAAUCGAGAGGUUCCAGAGUUCACUAUCAACUCAACAGAAAAUUCUCAAUCGAACGUCCCAAGGACCGUUGCCACAAAUAAGUCAAUAUUAUUGGCACCGAGCUAUAAACGAUCCGAAAAUUCGCCACCUUUCCGAAACAUUUCAUUCAGUAAUUAGGGAAGGCGCCUUCAGAUUUGAAAUGGUUCGAUUUGAAGGCGCAUUCGUUAUUUAAGGAAUGGAAUGCAACUAUUUGAUGCAAGCGCUCAAUAAAUGUGGCUGAGAAAUAUUCUCCCUAAUAUAACACGAA